ACUGUCUUCAUUUUAUUUUUUUUCAGUACAUGUAAUGACUGUAUGAUGGAUUUAUUGUGUGGAUUUUGUUUUGUGGAUGGUCAAAGCUCUAGAAUAUCAAAUGGUUCCUGCUUGCCAGCAGGUCGUGAUAAUCCAUGGGUGUCAUCGUCAGGAAGGUGUAAUGUACAUGCUCUACCAGGAAAAUUGACAUGGGCGUAUGAUUAUUGUCCAUCAGCUUAUUCGUGGAUGCCGAUGGUUGGCCUUAUUUUAUACCUAAUGACCUUUGCUCCAGGAAUGGGACCGAUGCCAUGGACUAUAAAUUCAGAAAUAUACCCAUUAUGGGCAAGAAGUACUGCAAUUUCUAUAUCUACCUUUACUAAUUGGGUUUUCAAUCUGGUGGUGUCAAUGUCAUUUCUGACUCUCAUGGAAAACCUUACAAGGUUUGGGACGUUCUUACUGUAUGCGGGUCUGUCAUUUAUAGGGGCCUUAUUGCUGUUUGUAUGGCUGCCAGAGACUAAAGGGAAAAGCCUGGAGGAGGUAGAGGGUUUAUUUGCCAGCCCCUGGUGUGGUGUCAGUUCAAGUUCAGACUAUAAUACAAAAACCAUACAGUAUGUUCACAUACGAGGUCUUAACAGAGAUGGACUGGAGUCGGAACUGGAUUCACCAGAAUAG